AUGGGGGAUGUGAAGUGUCUGAGUGACUGGGAACUGCGGCACCAACUUGAGACACUCGGAUUUUCUCCUGGCCCAGUAUUGUCUUCCACCAGAAAGUUGUAUGAAAAAAAGUUAGAGCAACUGUUGGCCCCACCUCUCUGUGCACCACCUGUGAUGAAGAGACCCAGAGAUCUGGAUGGACCUCAGGACAGUGAUGACAGUGAAGGUGUGGUGUAAGAGCACCAAAUGCCAGAAUCAAAUACGGGACUAGCACCAACAAGAAAGGCUGCUGCACAGAAAACCAGAGGGUAGAAAACAAGACGGGAGAAGGUUUCCCAGUGGGCUUGA